AUGAAGGGAACUGGACAACGUCCACUGCAACACCUGCGGAUGAGCUCCAAUGACACAGACCUCGGCCAGGUCUCCUUCAUCCUUAUUGGCAUCCCUGGGUUGGAAGCCUUUCACCGCUGGAUCGCCGUCCCGCUCUGCUCCAUGUACAUCCUGACCCUGGUGGGGAACUGCACUCUUCUUUUCAUCAUUAAGACAGAAACAAGCCUCCACAAACCCAUGUACCUUUUCCUCUCCAUGCUGGCCAUAAAUGACCUCAUCCUUACAACUUCUACCGUGCCCAAAAUGCUAAGUAUCUUUUGGCUGAAUUCCCGAGAGAUCUCCUUUAAUGACUGCUUAGUACAGAUGUUUUUCAUCCACACCUUCUCCAUGGUGGAGUCAUCGAUCCUGUUGGCCAUGGCCUUUGACCGCUACGUGGCCAUCUGUGACCCGCUCCGGUAUGCCACUAUUCUGAGCAACUCGGCCGUGGCCAAGAUGGGGCUAGCUGGACUAUUCAGAGGUAUGAUCUUGGUGAUGCCCUGCCCCUUUCUUAUAAAGAGACUUCCCUACUGCUCCCAGAAAGUCAUCCAGCACACCUACUGUGAGCACAUGGCUAUGGUGAAGCUGUCCUGUGGAGACACCAUUAUCAACCGUAUCUAUGGCAUCUGUGCUGCACUUUUUGUAAUAGUGCUUGACAUGGUGCUCAUUGCUGCCUCCUACACCAUGAUCCUCAGGGCUGUUUUCAGGGUCCCAUCCAAAGAAGCCUGUGCCAAGGCACUGAGUACUUGUGCAGCCCAUGCUUGCACCAUCCUGGUCACAUACACACCUGCCCUCUUCACCUUCCUCACACACCGGAUUGGCCGAAAUGUGCCCCCAUACAUCCACAUCCUCCUGGGAAGUCUCUACCUCUUGGUGCCACCCAUGGUAAACCCCCUGGUGUACGGGGUGAAGACCAGGGAGAUACGAGACAAGGUGCUCAGCAUGUUCAACUACAGCAAGAAACUGAUUUGA